GCCUGGCCUCUCAGUCCGCGCGCAGUCGCCUGCAGACCCGGAAGUGGAUGGCGUGGAGAGAUGGCGCAACUGCGGCGCGAUUGACUUCUAAAGAGUCAUGUUAUGUGAAGGAGAAGCGCCGAAGAGGACAGCAAAGGAGUCAGGGAUGCCACUUACUCAGGGACACUUGACAUUUAGGGACGUGGCCAUAGAAUUCUCUCAGGAGGAGUGGAAAUGCCUGGACCCUGUGCAGAAGGCUUUAUACAGGGACGUGAUGUUGGAGAACUACAGGAACCUGGUCUCCCUGGGGAUAUGUCUUCCUGAUCUGAGUAUUAUCUCCAUGAUGAAGCAAAGGACAGAGCCCUGGACUGUGGAGAAUGAAAUGAAAGUAGCAAAAAAUCUGGUUAGGUGGGAAGGUAUCAAAGAUAUCAACACAGGGAGGUGCUGUGCAGUGAGAAGCAAAGCAGGAAACAAGCCUAUUACAAAUCAACUUGGAUUAACCUUUCAGUUACCUCUGCCAGAACUGGAGAUAUUUCAAGGUGAAGGGAAGAUUUAUGAAUGUAAUCAAGUUGAAAAGUUCAUCAGCCACAGUUCUUCAGUUUCACCACUUCAAAUAAUUUAUUCUGGGGUCAAACCCCACAUUUUUUAUAAACACAGGAAUGAUUUUGUUAAUUUUCCAUUGCUGUCACAAGAACAGAAAGCACACAUUAGGAGAAAACCUUACGAAUGUAAUGAGCAGGGCAAAGUCUUCAGAGUGUCUUCAAGCCUUCCUAAUCAUCAGGUAAUCCACACUGCAGAUAAACCUAACAGAUGUCAUCAAUGUGGUAAAGCCUUCAGGUACAAGUCAGGCCUUGCAGAACACUGGAGAAUUCGUCCAGGAGAGAAACCUUACAAAUGUAAAGAAUGUGGCAAGCUCUUCAAUCGAAUUGCAUACCUUGCACGACAUGAGAAACUGCAUACUGGAGAGAGUCCUCACAAAUGUAAUGAGUGUGGCAAGGUCUUCAGUCGUGUUACAUACCUUGUACGACAUCAGAAAAUUCAUACUGGAGAGAAACCUCAUAAAUGUAACGAAUGUGGCAAGGUUUAUAGUAGCAGUUCAUACCUAGCACAACAUUGGAGAAUUCAUACAGGAGAGAAACUUUACAAAUGUAAUAAAUGUGGCAAAGAAUUUAGUGGGCAUUCAAGCCUCACCACCCAUCUGUUAAUCCACACUGGAGAGAAACCUUACAAAUGUAAAGAAUGUGACAAGGCUUUUAGGCACAAGUUCUCCCUAACAGUUCAUCAGAGAAAUCAUAAUGGAGAGAAACCUUACAAAUGUCAUGAAUGUGGCAAAGUCUUCACUCAAGUUUCACACCUUGCACGACAUCAGAAAAUUCACACUGGAGAGAAACCUUACAAAUGUAACGAGUGUGGCAAAGUCUUCACUCAGAAUUCACACCUUGCAAAUCAUCAGAGAAUCCAUACUGGAGAGAAACCUUACAAAUGCCGUGUGUGCGGUAAAGUCUUUAGGCACAGCUCAUGGCUUGUACAGCAUCAGAGAAGCAUUCAUGAGAGAGUCCUUACAAACUGAGUUUGGCAAACUCUAUCAUGAGUUCUAGCAUUAAUCAACAUCCAAGAGUCCAUACUAGAAAGAAAUCAUUUAAAUAUACUAUCUAUGGCACAGGCUGUACCAAGACCUACCACAUCAGUAGACAUCAAAACAUUCGUCUUUGGUGAAACCACACAAAUGGAUGGUGUGUGCCAAGGCUAACAAGUCAAAAUCUGUUGAACCUGAUAAUAUGAUGUGUAUAAAGGGUGCAAGGACACGUGGAAAUGGUCUGUUUUAUUCGGGUUAUUAAAAAUGUAAUUAUUUGGGUUUGAAAGGCCAGGUGCAGUGGUUCAUGCCUAUAAUCUCAGCACAAUAAAAAGCCAAGACAGGAGGGUCACUUGAUGCCAGGAGAUCAAGAUCAGCAUGGGCUACGUAGCAAGGCCCAUCUCUACAAAAUAAAAAAGCCAAGCCCUUGGCAUGUGUCUGCAGUUCCAGCUACUCGAGUGACCAAAGCAAGAGGAUUGCUGAAGCCCAGGAGUUUGAGAGUUUGAGCGGUGAGCUCUGAUCUUGCCAUUGGUAUUCCAGCUUGGGUGACAGGGCGAGUCCCUGUCUCAAAAGAAAAAAAAAAAAGGCUAGUUUUUAUGACUUCAACCUGAACUUUGAAAUCUCUUCAUGUGCCUUCCCUACAGGCCUUUCACUGUGGUCUCUGGGAAAGAAUCAGUCAGAUGACAGGGCUGACUUCAUUAGCUGAGGAGCGUUUCUAUCCAAUUUCCUGGAAGAAUAAGGACACUUCUUUUCAGAUUAAAGAUUGUCUGAUUUAGAGGCCGUGGAGAUGGACAGAGAAUAACAAAACCGUGAUGGUAGUCAUCAUGCUUAUUGCACUUAGCACACUCUUUUCUUGACGGGCACAGUGCUGCUGUGCUCUACAAAUGACCAUGAAAUAGAGCAUGCCAUGACUUCAGGACACAGGGAUUUUUAUGGGAAGAGAGUCAAGUCAUUAGGGACUGAUUACGUAGUAGAGACAAUGCAGGGGAAAUGGUGGCCACCUUCUCCAUUGAAUAGCAAUAGCUCCUGGUUAGCAAAGACUGAUUACAAAGUACUCUUAUUUUUGAAAUGGAAGAGAGAACAGUUACAUCAGAGUAGAGAGUUUAAUCAAAACUACCAAUGGAACAUGUUCUUGAGUAGGAUUCACGUUUAACUGCUGGCAUAAUUUGCUUCUGUUUGAUUUAGAAUGUCCAUAGUUCUCAUGUUUGGAACAAUAAAGUUGAAAUUUUCCAAAGUGUGAA